AUGUCUAGAUUCUCGCUAGUUCUGCUGGCGGCAUGGGCCGCCAAACUGGGGUUGGCCAAGGAUGUCCAUCUGCAGUGGGAUGUCACUUGGGUCAACGCUGCCCCCGAUGGAUUCGAGCGUCCGGUGAUUGGGAUCAAUGGCCAAUGGCCCUGUCCCCAGGUGGAGGUGGUUCUCGGUGACCGUCUGAUUGUUGAUGUGUACAACGGCCUUGGAAACCAGUCGACUGGUAUUCACUGGCACGGCUUUCAUCAGUACAUGAGCGGUGCCAUGGAUGGGAGUAGUGAGGUGACUCAGUGCCCCAUUGCCCCGGGCCGGAGUAUGCGCUAUGACUUUUUGGUUGAACAAACUGGAACCUACUGGUAUCAUUCGCACAAUAUGGGCCAGUAUCCAGAUGGAUUCCGUGGCGCCUUCAUUGUUCACGACCCUGCGCCGCCGUUCCACUAUGACGAUGAGUUUACCCUCACUCUCAGUGACUGGUACCAUGAACAGAUGCCGAACCUCCUCGACCAGUACCAGUCGCAAGCCGGUGGGGUUCUCGGGUUUGAACCCCUCCCGGACUCUGCCCUGAUCAAUGACAACUCUGGAACACAGAUCAAGGUCCAGCCAAACAAGACGUACCUGGUCCACAUCAUCUGUAUAUCAAAUUGGCCUGGUCAUGCGUGGGUCUUCGAUGACCAUGAAAUGACGGUUGUUGAAGUGGACGGUGUUUAUACGGAGCCCUACGCUGUUGGAGACAAGAUGCUACGUGUUGCCCCUGGCCAGCGCAUGAGUGUUCUGAUCCACACCAAGAGUGAUGCUAGCGAGAACUUUGCCAUCUGGGACACCAUGGACGUCAACAUGAUGUUCGUCUACGAGGACAGGCCCAUUCCACCUGGCUAUAACCCCAACGCUACCGCUUGGCUUGUCUAUGAUGAGACUAAGCCCCUCCCUCCACCUCCGAGCUUCAAUGAUCUGGACUUCGUUGACGAUGUUGGCCUGACCCCUCUUGACCACGAACCGCUUCUGGGACCCGUGGAUCACCAAAUCGUUUUGGAGACUUCCGCCGAGGCGAUCGAUGGUGUGCCUCGGUUUACUAUUAAUAACUCGACCUACCUGUCCCAGAAGGUGCCAUCACUGUACACGGCCAUGACAGUUGGCCCGGAAUUUUCAUCUGACCCCGCUGUCUAUGGCGACGUCAACCCUUACGUGGUGAAGUACGGCGAGGUCGUUGAAAUCAUUAUCAACAAUCAUCACAACAAUUUGCACCCGUGGCACUUGCACGGUCACCAGUUCCAGGUUCUGCAGAGAUCGGCUGUCGAUGGAGGCUACUUCAGCGGUUACUACCCCAACGUGUCUGCAACUCCGAUCCGGCGUGACACCAUCAUGGUGCAGAACCACGGCCAUGUUGUCAUUCGUUUCCGUGCAGACAACCCUGGUGUGUGGUUGCUGCACUGCCAUAUUGAGUGGCACGUCAUGGGCGGCUUCAUGGCGACCAUCAUCGAGGCUCCGGAGACCUUCCCCCAGUCUGAGAGGCCAAUUCCUACCGACCACUUGAACGAUUGCGCUGCUUAUCCUGCCCCGGCUUUUGGAAAUGCCGCAGGCAAAGCCGGCCUUGAUCUGAGCGGUGCUAACACUAUAGUGCCCGUUGGAGGGGGCUCAGGUGCCAUGUACCCUCCCGAGGGGGAGAGCAUCGCUCCUGUUACAGCCUCUGCUCCAAUUGCUCCGGUUGCUCCAGCUGGCCCAGCUGGUCCAGUUGCUCCUCAACCUGAGUAA